AUGGCGUCAUCUCACUCGUCCACAGCUUCAAUAGCAGCUCAAGGUGUCUCGGAGACGCGUGAGCCAACAAAUGCCAUGCCUCAACUGGACGCACUAAUCUCGCACCUUUUAGCGGCCAAGAGGUCUCUAUCCUCUAUCAGUCAUGUCUGGCGUGCCAAUGAGAUAGUCACAGCAGCUCGAUCAGCCUUAGAAGAAAGUGUGGUUGUUUCCUCGCGAACAAGUUUUUUGCGUCGGGGUCUCCACAAUCAGUUACGCUUGCUUCACGAUGUGCGAUCAGAGGUGGAGGAAAUCUCCUUUCGUGGAAGAGAGGAAUUUUCGGAAGCACUGCAAACUCUAGAUGCCGCAGAUGCCCGUCUUCGCACUACUCUGGACCUUCUUCGUGAGACAAUAGUCCAUGCCUCCUUUCGCCCAAAAGAUGAAGAGGCCAAAAGUCUUCAUGAUUUUGUAGAUGAACGCGGGGUGGCAGAAUUACAUGCCUCCCUUAAGAGUUCCAUAGAUCGCACGAACACUGCCCGGGCUGAUCUAGAAACCUCCAACCGCGAGUUUGACGAUGAGCUUCACUCCAUCCGACAGGCACUUCGCCAUUACCGAAGUGCCGCAAAGAUGGCUUCAUCUCGCAUAUCAGCCUCAUCCUCCUCUUCUUCGGCAUCCGAGCCCGAUCUACUCACACUAUUCACGGUUCCAGCGAUGCUUCAAUCAUUGGAAACGCAUGCACAAGAAAUGGCAGAUCUUUUGUCGGCUCUUGUGAGUCACUUUGACCUCUGUGUCACCGCAGUCAAACACACAGAAGGUGGCGGAGCGGCGGCUCGUUCCAUCACUGGGGAUAUGCCUGCUGAAGUUGGGGCCAGUGGUGAAGGCUUGGCCAACAUCGGGGAAGAAAUCAAUGCCAACUUGAACGCUCCGUUGGAUCCAAUGACAGAUCAAGAAUAUGAAGAAAUGAUCAACGUAUUAGUGAAGGACGCGACCGAGGCAGACGACGUGGUUAUGGAAAUUCAGGACCGGAUCACCGACAUGGAGACCAUCUUCGAUCAAGUCAUCAUUCAACGUGAUGCCCUUCUUUCUGUCUCCGAUGCCACCCUCGAGGUUCACCGUCACCUCUCUGCUCUUGCUUCCACUCGUUUACCGCGCUACAUCUCCCAAGCCCAUAACUUCACUCAAGUAUGGAGUGAAGAAAAUGACCGUUUCAGCACGGGCUUGACUGAACUCUCAGACCUGCACUCCUUGUAUGACGGAUUUCUCAACGCAUAUGAUAGUCUGAUCCUGGAAGUUGCUCGCCGAAGCCAUGUCCGCCAUCGCGUGGAGAAGGUCCUUCGUGAUACUCGAAAUAAGUUGACUCAACUAUAUGACGAGGACGUUGCGGCCCGUGAAACAUUUCGCGUGGAACAGGGCGACUUUCUCCCAUCUGAUAUUUGGCCCGGAAUCGGCCGCGCGCCCAUGCAUGUUGAGUUCCAGCGUCUUUCAGGUGGCCACCUCGAAGGAGCGUUGCCGGAAACAGAGGAUCAGGACCAACCUCCAAAAGUUGAACCUAAUCCAGAGGCAGGCGUUACUGCGGAAACUGAAGCGGAGCAUGGAGAAACCAUCCCAAAUCUACCGAAGGAGGUGGUGGAGCAUGCAUAUGCGCGCCUCAAAGCUCGAACCAGAGAAUUUGUCUGA